GCGGAGCGCGCCGUGGGCAACAUGGCGGCGGCGGCCGCCGAGGCGGUGGCGCUGCGGUUGUCGCGGCAGGAGCGGGAGCUGCGCUGGCUGGCGGCGGAGGUCGGUCGGCUGAAGGAGCCGCAGGAGGAGCCGGACUGCCCCGGAAGCGCCAGCCCCGAGCUGCAGCGGCUGCGGGCCGAGAACGAGAAGCUGCGCUACCGCCUGCUGCACCUGCGCCGCAGCCUGGCGGCCGAGCUGGGCCGGGCGGCGCCGGGGCAGCCCCCGGCCGGCGGAGAGAAAGUCUCCAGUGCAAGUCCAACUGAUGUGGUGAAUCAAAUUGAAGAGGAAAAGAAAAAAGAAAAUGAAGCUGUGAACCAACACCAGAAUGAUCUCCAGUGUGCACCAGGCUUCAUAGAAGACAGACUGAAGCUUUAUGAAGCACUGAAGAAAGAACAUGAUGCUUUGCUAGCUUACAGAGCAGCCAACCAGAGCAAAUCUAUCAAAAUUACUCUGACAGAUGGAGAGACGGUUGAAGGGGAAUCUUGGAAAACCACGCCAUAUCAAUUAGCUGUAGGAAUUAGUCAACUGUUGGCUUCGAAUGUGGUCAUAGCCAAAGUGAAUGGUGAACUCUGGGACCUGGACCGUCCCCUGGAGGAAGAUUGUACUCUAGAGCUGCUCACCUUUGAUAAUGAAGAAGCCAAAGCUGUUUACUGGCAUUCCAGUGCUCACAUUCUUGGAGAGGCCAUGGAAGGAUAUUUUGGGGGCUUCUUAUGCUAUGGACCACCAAUUGAGAAUGGAUUUCAUUAUGACAUCUAUAUUGAAGAUAGAAGUGUAUCUAGUACUGAAUUCCCACUACUAGAGAGCUGUUGUAAAAAUAUCAUAGAAGAGAAACAGGUUUUUGAAAGGCUGGAAGUCAAAAAGGAGAUCCUGUUAGACAUGUUUAAGUAUAACAAGUUUAAGUGUCGUAUCCUUAAUGAGAAGGUGAAGACACCAACUACCACAGUAUACAGAUGUGGUCCAUUGAUUGAUCUCUGCAGGGGUCCACAUGUGAGACACACUGGAAAAAUUAAGGCCUUUAAAAUAAUUAAGAGUUCCUCUACAUAUUGGGAAGGAAAAUCUGAGAUGGAAACUCUGCAGAGAAUAUAUGGAAUAUCCUUUCCUGAUAACAAAAUGAUGAAGGAAUGGGAAAAAGUCCAGGAAGAAGCCAAAAACCGGGAUCAUAGGAAAAUUGGAAAGGAGCAAGAACUCUUCUUCUUUCAUGAUUUGAGUCCUGGAAGCUGCUUUUUCCUCCCUAGAGGUGCCUUUCUUUAUAACACACUCAUGGAUUUCAUAAGGGGUGAAUAUCGCAGGCGUAAUUUUACUGAAGUUGUAUCUCCAAACGUCUUCAACAGUAAACUCUGGGAAGCUUCAGGACAUUGGCAGCACUACAGUGAAAAUAUGUUCUCUUUUGAGAUUGAGAAGGAAGCUUUUGCCCUUAAACCCAUGAAUUGUCCAGGACAUUGCUUGAUGUUUGCCCAUCGUCCCCGAUCCUGGAGGGAAUUGCCUCUGAGACUUGCAGAUUUUGGAGUUCUUCACCGAAAUGAACUCUCGGGCACUUUGAGUGGCUUGACUCGUGUAAGGCGUUUCCAACAAGAUGAUGCUCACAUCUUUUGCACAAUGGAACAGAUUGAAGAAGAAAUUAAGGGCUGUCUUGAUUUCUUGAAGUCAGUGUAUGCUGUCUUUGGCUUUACCUUUCAACUACAUCUUUCUACAAGACCUGAAAAUUAUCUUGGAGAUUUAGAGAUCUGGGAUCAUGCAGAAAAGCAACUUCAAAACAGCUUGAAUAGCUUUGGAGAGCAAUGGAAUUUGAAUCCAGGAGAUGGAGCAUUUUAUGGUCCUAAGAUUGAUAUUAAAAUCAAAGAUGCCAUUGGUAGGUACCAUCAAUGUGCUACCAUCCAACUUGACUUCCAGCUACCCAUUCGGUUUAAUCUGACCUAUGUUGGUAAGGAUGGUGAUGAUAAGAAAAGGCCAGUGAUUAUUCACAGAGCUAUUUUGGGAUCUGUGGAGAGAAUGAUAGCUAUUCUAGCAGAAAAUUAUGGAGGAAAAUGGCCAUUCUGGCUGUCUCCACGGCAGGUCAUGGUUGUGCCUGUGGGCCCCACCUCAGAACAAUACGCCCAGCAGGUUUGCAACCAGUUCUUUGAAGCAGGAUUUAUGUCAGAUGUGGAUCUAGAUCAAAGUUGCACAUUAAACAAGAAAAUUAGAAAUGCACAGCUGGCUCAGUAUAACUUCAUUUUAGUGGUUGGAGAAAAGGAGAAAGCAAAUAAUGCUGUCAAUGUCCGAACAAGAGACAACAAAGUUCACGGAGAGAUUUCAGUAUCUUCUGCUAUUGAAAAACUCAAGAAAUUUAAGACUUCACAAAUUCGAAAUGCAGAAGAAGAAUUCUGAUGUUGCUGUUAGGAAAAAAAUUAUUAGCUGCCUAUGUGAAAUGUUUCUUUGCUCCUGCACAGCAGUGAUGCUCAUUGGAGAAAAUUUUCAGUUAAUGGAUACAUAAAAUAAGCACAUGUAGCACUGUUGGUGCUCCAGGAAAAGCAUGAGAGGACCGAUGCACCUGCCAACUUCUUUAACAAUCGCAUGGGUUUCUGAUCUGCCUGAAUUGCAGAAUGCUCAUUUAGAAAGUCCUACACCUCUGACAUGGUGGGUUUGCUGUGGAAAUAGUAAGUCAGGGCUGCGCAGUGUUGGGGAUCAGGAGGCUGGGAAGGGCAGUGGAUGCUGCUGGGGGUGCUGAGCUCCCUCAGUCACAGAGCAGGUACGUGCCUGUGACCUGGCAUCCAGUGCUUGGCAGUGGGGUAGGUGGCCCAGGAGCAGUUUGGAUUAGGUUUUUUUCUAACUCCAGAUAGUAACAAAAAUGGUAAGGGCGGGGGGGGGAAGGGACACAGGGGAAGUACCUUGGUUGUUUCAGAAUGUGUGUUCACAGACUAUAAAUACACUGGAGUCUGUUGGAAGUCUCAGUGUGACAAGGCCCUCAUGGAGUUGAUGGGAUGACUGGUUGCUGUAAUGGUGGUUGCCGAGAAUGCAGUUGAAUUACUGUAACUGUGUGUGAAGUAGUUUAUUUUUUUCCUGUUUGCUGUUGUUUUGGCUUUUUCCUAAAACACAAAAAAAACUUUGAAAAAAUUUUCUGUGUGUAAUUUAUUACUGUAUUCGCCAGGAGUAGUUAGAAUGCUAAAAAGGAGCAGAGGACAAUUUUAAUUUUAAAACACUUUGUUGGACUUGAAACUGGCCAUAUUUCUGUUCUGUUUAUGCUUAGAAAUGAUUUUUAAAGUUGCCAUUGCAGGCAAUUGAAAUGGACUUUUUGAGAGAUUAAUUUUUACCUUUUUUUUCACUUUCAUAUGCUAUUACUUAGUUAAGUGUAUUGCGCAAUUAUCUAAGCUGUACAGCUCUAGCUGUGAUUUAAAUAUCACAGCCAUGAAGCAGAAACUACAAUUUAGUGCAUAAAUAUCAACAUAAAUACAAAGCUUAUGUUUUACUUCUGUCUCACA